AUGAUCGGAGCGCUGUUGCUAAUUUUGUGGAUAUUCUGCGCUUCCGGCGCGAGGCUAGUGCAAUGCCACAGCGCCGAGGAAGACCAGAGCGACUAUCCGGCCGUGGAUUACACGGAUUACGUGCUCAGCACCACGGAAUCGAGCAGUUCUUAUUUGCGAAACGUCGUGAGCGAGCUGCAGCGAUUUCACGGAAUCGAGCCGAAAACGAAGCCACCGCCGAGAAGAAGACCGCCGAUGGUCAUGACUCCCGUGACCACGACGAGGCCGAUUUUCAGACAGCCACCCACGCGCCUAGAGACGCAGCCGAGCCAACAGCAGAUAGUUCAACAAAAAAGGCCUAUGGCGACGCCUCCACAAAAUCCCAGCGUACUCGGCUUCACGCCGGCCCAACUGGCCACCAUGUACCGGACGGCCCUCGAGCAGGGCUCGCCCUUGCGCUACGACGACCUCGUGACCUCGAUCAAUCGCUACCUGCCGAAAAUUCUCGGCCUGGAUGGCAACGAGAUAAAUCAAAAUUCCGUCGAGCCACCGAUGGCUGCUGCAGCGGCGAAUUUGCCUUAUCAUUUGACACCGCCGCAAGUGGAUCAAAAGUACGCAUAUUACUUUUAUCCGCUCGACACUUUUCGACACGAGUUGAUAGAUUCCCACGGAUACAGGACGCUGCCACCCGCCCGUCCAUACGAUUUUUAUGGCAAUCGACAUUAUGGUGAUUUGGUUCCCGCGGAAAGCAUCCGUCUUCCCAUGACAGCAGCCGCUACUACUGCAACUUCGUCAACUAAUCCCAUCAUAGUUGGCCUCAGCAGUUUUCUCGGAAUGGCACUGUUCUUCAUAGUAAGCCUUUUCGUGUACCCAAGGUUCAUACACUUUUUCAAUUUUCCACUCGUCGCGACUCGUGGUAUAACGCGUCAAAGCCACGCUGCGCAAAGCAGCCUCGUUGCCAGAUUGGUUUGGGAAGCGCUCGAUAGCUAUAGUCGAGCCAACGUUUCUUUGUCCAAAAAAAAUGAUUCGGCUUUUCGUGGCACGCGAACAGCAACGACGACGAUGACAUCUAUGAUUCGUCGGCGUUCGCGACGAUGAGAGAGAGGGAGGCAAAAAGAAGCCACGAAUGUAGGUCAAUUGUUUCUUCGACUGCUACUUUUAAUUAAUAUAACUAAUUAUGCGCAAGUAAAAGCGCCGACUGCAAUUUAUUAUUUAAUUAAAAGAUGAUAUGUUGCAUUUAUACA